AUGACUCAAGGAAACAUGUUAUCGCCAACGGUCAAACUCAACAGUGGCCACGACAUGCCCCUCGUCGGCUUCGGUUGCUGGAAGGUCAACAACGACACCUGCGCCGACCAGAUCUACAAUGCCAUCAAAGCUGGCUAUCGCUUGUUUGACGGUGCAUGCGACUACGGCAAUGAGCGCGAAUGCGGCGACGGGAUCGCUCGCGCAAUCAAAGACGGCAUCGUCACCCGCUCUGACCUGUUCAUCGUGUCCAAACUCUGGUGCACAUACCACGAGAAGGAGCGCGUCGCGCAAGCAUGCAAGAAGUCCCUGCAGGAUUGGAGAUUGGACUAUUUUGAUCUGUAUCUCGUCCAUUUCCCCGUGGCGCUGAAAUAUGUGGACUUCGCCGUCAAGUACCCGCCGGAACUGGAGGACGAGUUUGGGGCGGUGUUGCCAUUUGGGAGUGCGACGAACCAGGAGACGUGGACGGCUAUGGAGGCGCUAGUGGACGUUGGUUUGGCGAGGUCUAUCGGCGUGAGUAACUAUAACAGCCAAUCGAUCAUGGAUCUGCUCCGGUACGCCAGGAUCCAGCCGGCGACAUUGCAGAUCGAGCAUCAUCCGUACCUUGCGCAGGAGCGGUUGGUCAAGUAUGCCACAGAACAGGGCAUUCAGAUCACGGCGUACAGCAGCUUUGGGCCGGCGAGUUUCAUGGAAUUACAGUUCAAAAUGGCGCAGAAGUGUGGGCCGUUGCUUGAGGACGGAGGCGUCAAGACGAUCGCGCAACGGCACGGAAAGACAAGUGCUCAGGUCUUGCUGCGGUGGGCGACGCAGCGAGGCGUGGCGGUGAUCCCGAAGAGUAAUCAUCUGACGCGAUUGAAGGAGAAUUUGGAUUGUUGUACGUUCGACCUCGAGGAGGGUGAUAUGGAGUAUCUGAAUGGGUUGGAUAGAGGGUUGAGAUUUAAUGAUUUUGUGCAUUAUGGGUAUAAUGUUCCAGUCUUCGCAUAA